AAAGCUCUAUGAACAGUAAUUGGAUCUUGAUACAGAGAUGCUAUACAUUAGACCGAGAGAGCUGCGUUUCAAAUUGAGCAAAUCUUUCAAAAUAUUACAUUGUUUCAAGUCUUCUCACGUGUUAUUCUUGGAAAAGUUUUUCAUUAACUUGCCCCCACCGCCGUGUUAUCCUUAGUUUAUUUUCUGCUCUUUACGAAUAAUUCGAUUGCCUUUAUAAUUUGUAUUCAUUUAAACGACUUUAAUGUCCCUUUCAGUGAGAGAAAUAUAUUACAGGAGAUACAGUGUAGUGAUAUAUAUUUCUAUGUAUGUAAUAGUGGUACAGUAUAUACUGUAUAUAACGCCGACCUUUUGACAUUGGAGAUACAAGUUAACGAUUCCUUUUAGAAGUUCCGCGAAAGUCAGGAACAUUAAAAUAAACGUCUCUUUGUUUCAUUAACGAAGAGUUUAACACGAAAUUACAGAUUAGUAGAGAAGAUGCAAAAUAAACCACAUUUUCAUCUCCACACCGUUGCGAUAUCUUUUUGAGAUGUUUGCUUAAAAAGUUUUGGGCUGAAGUUACAGGGGGCAGUCAUUACCAAAGGGUUGUGAUGGGUUCCAUUGCUUGGAGGCCAGAAUGGAGAAUAAGGAACCAGAUGAGGUGGAGAAACUGAAAACGCGGUUUAUGUCAGCUUGGCACAAUGUCAAAUACAGCUGGAUUCUGAAAACUAAGACAUGUUUUAGCAGAAAUUCUCCAGUUUUUGUAUUGGGAAAAUGCUAUCACUUCAAAGCAGAAGAAAUGGAGAGUUCCUUGGAAGGCUGUAGCAGUGAGGCCUCCGAGAGUGAGCAUGUCACAGGAAAUGUAGAGGCCUUUCGUAAAGACUUCACCUCUCGCGUGUGGCUGACCUACAGAGAGGAGUUCCCUGCAAUAUCCGGCACCAACAUGUCCUCAGACUGUGGCUGGGGCUGUACUCUGAGGGCUGGACAGAUGAUGCUGGCACAGGCCCUGGUCCUUCACUUCUUAGGCAGAGACUGGACCUGGCCUGAUGCAUUAAAGAUAGAAGGAUUGGACACUGAGACGUGGACUGCCAAUGCUGCCAGGAAGCUUGUAGCCUCUUUCGAGGCAUCAUUGCAGGGAGAGAAGCCACUUGAAACCAGUCCAAUACCGCAGACUGAGAGGAGAUCUGAGGAUGACAGCUCCCACGUCGGUAGCAUUUAUCACAGGAAAAUCAUCUCUUGGUUUGGGGACUCACCCUUGGCACAGCUGGGUGUGCACAGACUUAUAGAUCAUGGGCGCACAUCUGGGAAAACAGCUGGGGACUGGUAUGGGCCAGCUGUGGUAGCACACAUUUUGAGAAAAGCUGUUGAAGAAGCAACAGACCCUGAAUUGCAAGGCAUAACAGUUUAUGUUGCUCAGGAUUGCACAGUCUACAGUGCUGAUGUUAUUGAUAGUCACCAGGGGCGUGCUCAGGGGCUGGACGCUGAACCCAACACAGACAGAAAAGCUGUAAUUAUUCUUAUACCCGUAAGGCUUGGAGGGGAAAAAAGUAAUCCUGAAUACUAUGAGUUUGUAAAGGGCAUUUUAAGUCUUGAGUAUUGCCUUGGGAUCAUUGGAGGGAAACCUAAACAAGCCUAUUACUUUGUAGGGUUUCAAGAUGACAGCUUGAUUUACAUGGAUCCUCAUUACUGCCAGUCUUUUGUAGAUGUCAGCACAAGCGAUUUCCCACUAGAGUCAUACCACUGUCCAUCGCCUAAAAAGAUGCCCUUCAGUAAAAUGGACCCAAGCUGCACUAUUGGAUUUUAUUCUAGAAAUGUUAAAGACUUUGAAAGGAUCACACAGGAAAUUACAAAGGUUUUAAAGCCUUCGUCUAGAGAGAAAUAUCCUGCAUUUACAUUUGUUAAAGGUCAUGGACAAGACUAUGACUUCACUUGUUCACAAACCCUUGAGCAAAAAGAAUUGCCUUCUGGAGAAUUAAGGAGACCUGAAACUAGCAUGGGAGAUUUUGUGUUGCUGUGAACAUACCAAAGCCAGUGUAACAAAGUGAGGAACAAUUGCAACUAAAACUAAUUUUAAUACUUGGUUUUGUGAAGAUAGUGAAGAUAUUUUAAAGCUUGAAGUCUCAACAUGGACAGUUCAUGUACAAAUAAUGUACAACAAAUGGUUUCUAAAACAAUGGACAUUAUACACAAAAAUAAUAACUGAAAUACUACUGCUUUGUCAAACUGCUUUGGUGCUCUGGACCAAAACAUACUACGACAACAUUACUGUGUUGUAAAAAUAAAGGUUCCAAAGUCUGGAGAAGAAUCAGUUUUCUGAUGAUGAUUAAAGGUUUUAUUGGGAUUACGAGCACAGAUCAUCCAUGGAAUAAAGUGAAUUUUUGUAUAUAUUUGGAGAAAUAAAUACUAUACUUUGAUAUCUUCAGUGCCACAUGAAGUCAGAAUUAAAGCUUAGCAUUUUACUUAAAUUACCAGUAAAAGAUAGAGCAAAAAUAAAAUAUGAGAGAUAUCCUUGGGAACCUAAAAACUGUGCUAAAAUUCUUGCACAUGCAUAUUGUUACUAGAGGAAAGCUGUUGUAUACAUUUAUGGUUUUAAAGCAGAAAUAUUUAAAACUUCAUUAUUAUUAAUAAUGCCAUUCAAGUAACAGGAAACCCCAAAACUGUGUUAUAAAUGAUGUUUUAGGUAACCAGUCCUCCUGCUUUACAAUUGCUAAUUGGGCUCCUAUAUAAACUUCUCAUUAUGCACAUAGUUUUGUGAGAAAUAACAUAAUUAAAAACAAGUUCCAGUUUUCUACUAUCAUUCUAUUAGUGAAUCUAGAUCCAGUAUUGCAGUUGAAUAAGGAAGCAAAACACAGUACUGUUAUGUAAAAUGCAUGAAAUGUGUUAAACCGUAACGGUGUUUUCAUAUUCAACUGUAUGAAAAUUUGGUAACAUUAGAGCAGAACAGAAGAGCACACAGUUUAGUUCUUGUAUGCAUUUAUUGCUUGCGAAUGUAGUGAAAUUAAGAAUGUUUCUUACUUUAUGGUGCCAUAUUUCGCAUCUAGAAUAGUGCAGCAAAUCUGUUUUUUUAGAUAUGUUUAUGCAUUCAUUUCCCAUUGAUCUCAUUUUUAUUCUAAAGAGAACAGUAAAAUUCCACAGAAAAUGAGUAUAUUCUCUUUUUAUUGGAGUCUUUUAGAAUUCUGACAGCACUUCACUGUGCACGAACAUGAAACAACUGUGUGCAUUUCUGGUUAUUAGACAUCAUGGCUUUUAGUUUUCUCUGAAAUUCAGGUCCCAGGUAUUGCUUUUCUUGCCUGGCUAUAUGUAGCCUACCAAGAGCUUUUGAUUGUGCCAUUCUUUUAGAAGCAAUUCUUUGUCAUGUGUUUAGCACAGGACAAAAACUGUAAAAUAAAAGCUAGUUUUGUAAGGCUUUAUAAGACACAGCUAACUGCACUAAAUUAAAACUAGUCAUACGUACUAACCAUUUAUACACUCCAUUUAACUGACACAGAAAAAUUCGACACAGUGAAACACACACAAUUGGUAAUUGUGUCCGGAGGAAAAGAAAAUAUCCUUUUGCAGAAUGUAAUGUUUCCAUGGCUAAGUCCUCUGAUCCUUCUCAGUUUGAGCAAUGGUUUGUUGUUUUCGUGUUAAAUACAAAUUCUUGUAUUAGCUGGUGAAUGGCCACAGAUCAGGCACCCAUAUGGGAAAAAGUUACUCCUCUGAUGUUGAGCACCAAAGGGAAGAAUUGGCUGUCUGUUAGACUUGGUGUUGAAAAAGAGUAUAUUGGCAUGAGGACACAAUAGGAUCAUUUUAGCUUUGCAACAUGUAGCCUAUAGUCAGUAAAUUCGUUUGUGGUCUGUUUUUAGGAAACGGGCAACCUGAUAGUACAUUGACCAUUACAAAUGUAAAACAUGACCGCGUGUUCUCAGGAUUUUGUCACUGCAACAUGAAAGGGCACUUGUAUUAGGGAUGCUCUCCUCUGAGGAGAUUCUCUGUUCUGUGUGUAUUUACAGAGAUGUAUGAAUAUUUGAUUAAUGAGUCAUGGUCUCUGGAGAAAUUUAAUAACUGCUCUGCUGUACAAAGCUUGCUCCUUCUCUGUUAACACAGCUGCCAAUAGUGUCAUUGACAUUGCUGUCUUGUUAAAAUCUAAUAUAUUCCACAGAGUAAAUUCCUCAGUUAAAAAAGGGAUCUAUGAGAGACAUCAUUAUGUUCACAAUUCUUAACUAUUAGCUACUUCAUUUGUAAAGAUUUUUCUUUUUUCUCCCCCUCCGGAUAUAAGUUAUGGCACGUUCUUUAAUGGAAAGUUCGUCCAGUUUUUGGUGCAAAAAGCUUGUGUUUAGAGUAACAAUACCCGCAACAUUUGUAAAAAGCAGUGCUUCUUCUUACAAUGAUAUUUUAUGCCCUGUGGUGAACACACUGAAUCCUUGUCAUACAUUCAAUUUCUAUAAAAAGGAUCCAUUCAUAUUAAUUUAAUUUACGGAAUAUGCAAAGAAGGACAAGGUAAAACCCAUUAUAAAGCUGUGCUUGUACAUAAAUUUAAGCCUACAAAGCAGCCAUUACUAGAAACAAGAAAUUACUUUCAAUUAACUUGUAUAGAGAUCAGUUAUAUUUUUAUUCUUCACUUUCUGUGACAAAGAUCAAAAGUGCAGUGUAGAAUAAAACUGAUCCUGACCAUAGUUAAAGUACAUUUUCUGUAAGAGUAUAAAGUAGAUUUGUGUCAAUUAUGAUCACUAAUUAGACUGAUUUUUUACAAAAUAUAUAAUGUAUGUGUAAGGUUUACUAUAUUUUGUGGUAGCUAUUAACAGUUAUUAAAGAACAUGUUAGCUUCCAAAUUUCAUGAUGAUGCAAGUAUGCCAAAAACAAUACGGUUCCUGCUAAUUAUGCAAACAGAUUUUGCUUGUGAUUAGAAAUAUUUCAGACUGUAUUUUUCUUUAUAGUUUAAAAGGGUUUCAAGUUGUCCAGACUAUGUGGAUGCUACUACUGUUUGAUGGAUGAAAGAGUGUUUGAAGGAAAAGGUCCACAUUUUUAUCUGGGUUUCUCUAAAUGUACUAAAUACAGUAUACUGUAACAUCAAAUAAAAAACAGAAUUUUCAAAAACUGUGUAUAAUACAGAGUGAAAGAUGGUUCUGUUCAGGUUUCAUUGACUGGUCAGAAUAUCAGAUGGUCAGACAAGUA